CUCACGCCCAUGUCGCAGCCGUCGUCGCCUAUAUAUAUAUAUAUAUAUAUAUACGUAUGCAAAGCACAGCCAGAACAAGGAAGACGAAGCCGCUGCCCGAUGGCAAUUUCUUGGCGAGUGUGCUUGUUCGCGCUCGUCGUGGCUCUAGGGUUUCUCUUCUUCUUGGACGGUGCAGCGGCGGCGAGAAGUGCAGGGACGUCGUCGGCGGCAGCGCAGCGCCGGCGAGAGGUUCGAAGCCUCCUCACGCGGCUCAACAAGCCUCCUCUCGCGACCAUUGAGAGCCCAGAUGGAGAUAUCAUUGACUGUGUCCACAUCUCGAAGCAGCCAGCAUUCGAUCAUCCUCUCCUCAAGAAUCAUAGUAUCCAGAUGAUGCCCUCUUGCCACCCAGAAGGACUCAAUAACAAUUCAAAUAUUGCACCAAAUCCUUUCACCCAAACAUGGCAUCAAAAUGGCAAGUGCCCAGAGAAUACCAUACCGAUCCGAAGGACCAAAGAAGAGGAUGUCCUGAGGGUGAGCUCCAUUGAGAGAUAUGGCAAGAAGUCGCCUUGGAGCAUCCCAAACCGUUUUUCCAUUGAUGACCCUGACUCGGUGAACGUAUUAAGAGGCCACCAGCAUGCCAUAGCAUCUGCGCCGGAGGAUGACAACUACUAUGGUACCCAAGCAACCUUCAAUUUGUGGGAACCAAUUGUUGAGAUGGACGAAGGAUUCAGUUUGACCCAGUUCUGGAUUAGUAGUGGGUCCUACUCAAACAACGACCUGAAUACUAUAGAAGCAGGAUGGCAGGUUUACCCAGGUCUGUAUAAGGAUAGACACACAAGACUCUUCAUCUACUGGACUCGGGAUGCAUACAACAAAACAGGAUGCUACAAUCUACUAUGCUCAGGGUUUAUACAGACAAGCAACCAGAUUGCCAUCGGUGCUAGCAACUCCUACCUGUCCCCUGUCUCCGUCUAUGGUGGCUCACAAUAUGACUUCACUAUUUUAGUUUGGAAGGACCCAAAGGAUGGCAAUUGGUGGUUGCAAGUGGGAGGCCAUGAUCUAGGCUACUGGCCAACUUCGAUCUUCACUAGGUUGGCAGGUAGUGCUGCCUCUGUCGAGUGGGGAGGCGAGGUGGCAUCGUCACCUGAUGCUGGCCAAACAUCCACACAGAUGGGUAGUGGACACUUUCCUGAGGAAGGGUUCAGCAAGGCCAGUUACGUCAAGAACAUCCAAUUGGUAGAUUCGACCAACAAUCUCAAAUCGCCUAGUGCUGUGAGCUUGGUAGCUAAGUGGCCCAAGUGCUACAACGUGCAGAAUGGUACUAGUGCUGAUUGGGGUACUUACAUCUUCUAUGGAGGACCCGGGAAGAACCCUAACUGCCAAUAGCAAAAAGUGAACUGGUUGCAGCCCAAACAUCUCAUUGACAAAAGAACAAUAUAAUUCCCCAUAAGAAAUGCAAUAUGCAGUACUCGACGCCGAGUAAGUAUUAUUAGGAUGUAUAUCAUUGGGUGUAAUAGUAUGCUUUCCCAGUUGUCGCAUUGCAAGGGUAAACUGCUACAUAUUUGUCUACGUUGUAGCCAUAAACAUAAGGAAUGGAAGUUUGAAGCAUAUAUAAAUUCAGAGCAUGUUUUACAAUAUCAAAUAAGCUGGUGUCAUCAUCUGUAAAAAUACAAAUGCACUGGGACUGCUGCGAAGUUUUUAUUAAAUU